ACAAAUGCAAAUUUUAAUUAGGCAAACUUGGGCGAACGUUUGCAUAUCGAAGAUUCUCUAAACUGGAUUCUGUCAGUUGUUAAGCGAAAGUCGCGCCGAACAGUUUGGACAUGGCGAUAAUUUUAAGACUGCUACUGCUGCUUGGCUCGGUUCUCACUGCAGCCUCCCAGCUGUACAACAUCUCCAGUAAUCCGCACAUCAAUGCUAUAGAGCACCUCGAACUGCUGCCCACGCGCAUUGUUAAUGGCGUGCGUAUAUCCUGCCAGCGGGCACCCUACCAGGCGGCCUUACGCUACGAGGGUCAGUUCAUCUGUGGCGGCAGCAUCUUAUCCCGUUAUUGGAUACUCACAGCGGCCCACUGUGUGGACGGCCAGAGAGGGCGCUAUCGAGUGCGCGUGGGCUCGACGCAACAGCCGCGUGGCGGGCAGCUGCAUCGGGUCAAGUCAGUUGUGAUGCACGCCAACUACAACAGGAGGAGCAUGCAGAACGAUUUGGCUUUAUUGCGCUUGGCCACACCCCUUAGCUAUGGUCGCUGUGUGCAGCCAGUGCGUCUGCCCAGCAGCAGCAAGCGACAGGCGCCGCCUCGCUGCCUACUGGUCAGCGGCUGGGGUCUGCGCAAGGAGACGGCACAGAAUGUGCAGCGCUAUCUGCGCGCCACAUCCGUGUGCAGGGUAUCAGCCAGUCGUUGUGACCGCAUGUAUCGCAGAGGUGGCGUGCGCAUUUACCGGCAGAUGCUGUGCGCCCAGCGUUUGGGCCACGACAGCUGCUCCGGCGAUUCGGGCGGACCGUUGGCAUCUGGCCGCACGCUCUACGGCGUCGUCUCCUUUGGCAUUGGCUGCGCGAAUCGCAACUAUCCGGGCGUUUAUGUGAACGUGAAGAGAUACAACGGCUGGAUACGCAGUGUUAUAGAGCGAUACUCUUAAGC